CCUCAACCACUGCUAUCAUGCGAGACAACCGCCAGAAACGUAUGCCAAUCAAUUGCGAACCAUGUCGCAUACGGAAGAUUCGAUGUUCUCGUGAUGGCACCCCAUGCGGAACUUGCAAGAGACGUGGGAUACCAGCAGCGAAUUGCGUAUUUGCUCAACGACCUUCGAGCCAUUCCCUCCAAUUCAAUCCAGGGCCGAGCAUGCCUAUCUCACCUAUCUCCGCAACUAGAUCUCCAAGGCAGGCGCCGGAUGAGGACUUAGUCGCACGAAUUACUCGGAUCGAGAGGAUGUUGGCGAGUCAGCAGCAACAGGCCCAAGACUCGACAAUUGAUCUGUCUUUGUCCGGAGACUCAGCAUCACCUAACUCUGCCACUACAGAAAGCACUCCCGGUGGUCAUGGUGCUCUGCAGGUAUCGACGUCUGGCCAUGUGCGAUUCGUACCUUGUUGGCCUACAUCCGAACUAGACGACGAAAAUUGUUCUGACCAUUUCGAAAGUCUGGUUUCUCCCUUUGGAACACGCUACAUGUCCCACGGCCUCAGACUCUCUGACAUGCUGGCGAUGCUGCCGCCCUCAAACUUGUGCGCUCGCCUGAAGGAUAUUUACUUUGAAUCUUUCUCUCCACUGUUUCACGUCUUGCAUGAUCCAACAUUCCAUCGGCAAUUCGUCGAGUUUGAACAAAAUCCGGAGUCUGUAUCUCUAGUAUGGCUUGCGUUACUUUUCGCCAUGAUUAGCACUGCUUUGAGUGCCUGCGAUGCAAACAGCGCAUUCUUGAACGACCUUAGUAGACGAUCAACAGUGUCUGCGAAGAUUCGUGACCUUUCAGAAAGGUAUAGAGCUAGCGCCAUGCGAUGUCUUGAGAUGGACAACUACCUUUGGCGCCAUAACAUAACGACGUUGCAGGCUCUCAUCAUCCUGAUCUAUGGCAUAAAUCACAGUCACGGCCAAUCCUGGACGCUGCUUGGCUCCACAUACCACAUGGCUCUCUCGCUUGGUUGUCACAUAGAUCCAUCGAGUUUCAAGCUCAACCUCGUGGAAUGUGAAGAGCGACGUCGAUGUUGGGCUUGUGUCAUGAUGCUCUGCACAUUGCAGAACACAUCCAUGAGAAACUUGGCGCCUCACUACAAUAGUUCUCACUAUUCCGUGCGUAUGCCGGCAGAUGUCAAUGACUUCGAUUUGACGCCAGACUCAACAACCUUACCUAUACACACUGGACGUGCGACUCAAAUGUCCUAUCUGCUUCUCAAGUUUCGCCUCUACGAUAUAGGGAGCAGAAUCUGCUCUCGAGUGUUGAACUCUACCAACAUCGAUAUCAAAGCCAUAGCUGAACUCGACAAGGCUCUGAUCCAUGAGCGAGAUCUAUGGAGCUCCAUAUAUCUUUAUCACUCUCGACAAGAUGAGCUCUCUUCGUACCACAAGAUACAUCUCAAGAUCUUGCAUAGCUUUUCGCAUCAGCUUGCGUUAUUGCUCCACCGGCGAAUACUCAUGCAGGGCUCUCCGGACUCUUUUCAACAACAGAAUGCACGAUCGAAGAGCAUCGAGAGCGCACGAGCUUUGCUAGAGAUACACUCAUCCUUGCACAACAACCCGGAAUUUGGACCUUUCCAAUGGUAUAAUCGGGGCUUAGGGUGUUUCCAUACAUUCCACGCUGCCGUAGUUCUGAUUGCUACAAUAUCCGAAGCUAGCGAACCGGAUCCAGACUUGCCAGACAGCAUUCGUUUGCUAAGGGAGUGUGUGCAAAGAUUCGAGGAUCUAGCAGACUUGAGUUUGGUGUGUCAGCGCGCAGCGCCGAUACUCCGUCGACUACUUGUUGGGCUUGGGCUCGCAAUAAAUACUGAUCAGUUUGGCGAAGCGUCGCAAAUGCAGAUUGGGUACGUGACUGAUGCGACCGCUCGCAAUUCGAAUCUGGUGGCGGACGAUGAGACUGGCAAUCUGGACCAGAUCUUCGAUCAUCUUGAUCCUCAACAAUGGCUGACACCAUCGGCGAUAUCCUGGGGACAUUGGGAUUUGCCUUUGAAUGAUGCGCAAGGGUCU